GCCAUGCUCCGGGGCCCACAACCACGACCGAGCCGUCUACGUAUACCCGAGUGUGCGAAGUGCCUGGAAGCGUGCAAAUUUCCCCGAGGAAAUUAAAGGGAAAAUCUACGCUGAUUGUUUUUCCUCCACGCACACGUUGGCCCUUCAUCGACGGGCGUGCAACCCCAUUGGACAAGGGACUCUGCUGUUUACUAACCCACCCCGUGCCCCCCGUAUCGAACGGUGUGGAAGGAUUCGACAGCACCAUCAACAUUCAUCCAGCUGCAUCCUUUCGAAUCCUUUCGGCAAAUGAUUAAAGACGGGACGAGAGAUGGUGGGGCGAGACACUCGGUGCCGCCUUCAGCACACGAAGGCCUUGUGCCUUGUGUGCCGUGUUGUGGAUGAAUAUGAUUUAUGUGCAGCACUGACUGUCAUCGACAGCUGGUGGCAAACGAUUUCAUCAAUCGAGACAAACGCGCAUCGUAUGAUGUCACACUGUGGCGCCCAAAGGUGGAAGGAUAUGUACAGGACGAUGCAGGAUACAUACUGGUGACACAUACCAGUUAACGAACGUACCGUCGAACGGAUGGAGCUUUAUCGUUCUUCAUUUCAGUUUUGUUUUCCAGGCGAGUUCCGGCAACCGUGUUGCUCUAUGACAUCGGUAGGAGUUUAAGGAAAUGCAAAAGACACUCAACGAAACGGGGACGUGUAAAGAGCAACGACAAACACAACCGAGAGUCUGAUUGAUAGAAUGGUCCAGGGGACAGGGUUGAGUUUGGUGCCUGGAAGCGUUAAAAGUUUGUUGCCACCGAAUCGAAACGUCCAUCAAACGAUGAGAACCUGCCCAAUGCUCUGCCUGCUACUAAUGACAGUUGAUGAUGUCGUCCUAUCAACCCACAACCUCCCAAGAACUCGCGAACAACACACCAUCCUGAUCGGCUUAAAUAUUACUCUUUAUUACACAAUGUCCUCUUUAAAGCAUUACUAAUUUAUUUUUGUCCGUAAAAUGUCUCUGCUUCUUCAACUGUAAAGAUACCCGAUCCUUAAUUUCUGUGUGACACCGGUACCAGCCAACGCCGACCAUCGGAGUCGUCGCAGCAGCGAGCAAUUCCAUCAAUAUUAUGACAGAGGGCACCGCGCCGACGGUUGAAUGUUUAGAUAACACACUGGACGGUCUGAACGAGCAGCAGGAGCAGGAACAGCAUCAGCAGCAGCAAGAACAGCAACAAGAACAACCAGAUCAGCAACACGUGGAAGCGGUGCAGGGAACGGUCGGUGUACGUAUCGAGGUAACGAGUGCGCCAUCGGCAGGUUCCGUCGAGCUAGUCGCUAUCGGUAAGGAGUGCGCGGAGGAACCGUCAAAGUCUCGGGACGAUCAGCACCAUCAGGCAGUCGCGAUGUCGCAAAGCACAAAGCAGGUCUCGAAAGCGGAAAAAGACCUCCCGGAGCGUGGUUCCUGGGGGUCGAAGCUGGACUUUAUCCUAUCGGUGGUUGGGUUGGCGAUCGGGUUGGGCAACGUGUGGCGUUUCCCGUACCUGUGCUACAAGAAUGGUGGCGGCGCAUUCCUGAUACCGUACUUUGUCACACUCUUCCUGGCCGGCAUACCGAUGUUCUUUAUGGAGCUGGCACUCGGCCAGAUGUUGACGAUCGGUGGCCUGGGUGUGUUCAAGAUUGCGCCCAUUUUUAAAGGUAUCGGUUAUGCAGCGGCAGUAAUGUCCUGUUGGAUGAACGUGUACUACAUCGUCAUCCUUGCGUGGGCCAUAUUUUACUUCUUCAUGUCGUUACGUGCAGAUGUGCCUUGGCGAACGUGUGAUAAUGUGUGGAACUCGAUCAACUGCGUCAAUCCGUACGAUCGCAAGGAUCUGCUGUGUUGGGAAACGAUCGGUGUGAACAGUACGCUCACCAAGAUUUGCUCACUGAACUCCAAUAACGUGUCCAUGACGGAUUUGGCCGAUCCGGUGAAAGAAUUCUGGGAACGCCGCACAUUGAUGAUCUCGAGCGGUAUUGAUCAGGUAGGAUCAAUCCGCUGGGAACUUGCUGGGACGCUUCUGCUGGUGUGGAUCUUGUGCUACUUCUGUAUCUGGAAGGGUGUCAAGUGGACUGGCAAGGUCGUGUACUUUACUGCCCUGUUUCCGUACUUCCUGCUUACGAUCCUGCUGAUCCGUGGCAUUACAUUACCGGGUGCUUUUGAAGGCAUCAAGUUCUAUGUGAGCCCUAACUUAUCGAAGCUUGCCGAAUCGGAGGUGUGGAUCGAUGCAGUCACACAGAUCUUCUUCUCGUAUGGUCUCGGUCUGGGAACAUUGGUCGCUCUCGGCAGUUACAACAAAUUUAACAACAAUGUGUACAAAGAUGCCCUGAUUGUGUGUACCGUCAACUCGAGUACCAGUAUGUUUGCCGGCUUCGUGAUCUUCUCCGUCGUCGGUUUUAUGGCACACGAGCAACAGCGUCCAGUAGCCGAAGUGGCUGCCUCCGGGCCCGGUCUUGCCUUCUUAGCCUAUCCAUCGGCCGUCCUACAACUCCCGGGUGCACCGCUCUGGUCGUGUUUGUUCUUCUUCAUGCUGUUACUGAUCGGUCUCGACUCACAGUUCUGUACCAUGGAGGGUUUCAUUACGGCCGUGAUUGACGAGUGGCCACAUCUGCUGCGCAAGCGUAAGGAAAUCUUCAUCGCAAUCGUGUGUAUGAUCAGCUAUCUCGUUGGCUUGACGUGUAUUACGGAGGGCGGUAUGUAUGUGUUCCAAAUUCUUGACUCGUACGCGGUCAGCGGUUUCUGUUUGCUGUUCCUGAUGUUCUUCGAGUGUGUGUCGAUCUCGUGGGCUUACGGUGUGGAUCGUUUCUACGACGGUAUCAAGGACAUGAUCGGCUACUAUCCACUAUCGUGGUGGAAGUUCUGCUGGGUCGUCACUACUCCUGCCAUCUGUGUCGUAAGUAUUGGAUAGCUCUGCUGCAGCUAUUGUUGCUGUAACGCCUUGUAGUUUAUGUGCGCGUGUGAAUGGGAAUUGAGUGAGUGAGAAUUUACAGGUCUCCAUCUUUGAACUUGAACGCAUUGGAAGGUAAAUUGAGUUAUAUUUGUAAGAUGGGAUAUACGCAAAGAGGGAAAGGUUAUUGAUAUUUUUCAGAUUUCGGAUCUAGACGCAUGGUUUGCUGUUGGGAAACUGAUAAACGAAAGACAUCUGAAGCUGUUUGAAGUUGCCAUUAGAAUUCGCAUGAUACAGAGAUACUUAAUAAUAAAUAAAUUAUUGUAACGAUUAUUUAUACAU